AUGCUAAAUGAUGAAAGAGAUUUAUUUGAAGAACAUCGUGAUGCUUUACUUCGUUUAGCUCAACGUCAAACAAGAAUUUAUUCGUUACUACAACAAAAAUUACCUGAUAUAAAAUGUCAAUAUUUAACAAAAAAUGUUUCAACUGUUGUUGAUGUAAAUCAUUUUUGGGCACAAUUUGUUGAUCGUGAAACAAAUGCACAAAUGAAACAAAUCAAUUAUAUACUUUCACGUUCAUUAACUCCAUUAGCAUCAACAUCAAUUGAAGUUGGUAUGAUGUGUGCUGCACCAUUUAUUCUUUUAUCACCACGAAUAACAACAACACCAAAUAAUAAUAAUAAUAAUAAUUCUCAAGUUGUUAAACGAUAUCAAUAUUAUCGAGCAAGAAUUACACAUCGAAUUGAUAAUGUUACAGUUGAAGUAUUUUUUGUUGAUUGGGGAAAUACUGAACAAAUUUCUAUUGAUCAAUUAUGUGCACUUGAUCCAUCUCUUUUAAAAAUUGCUCCUCUUGCAUUUGAAUCACUUAAUUAUGUUUGUUCACUUAUUCUUGAACGACAAAUUGAAGCCGAAAUAAAAGCUGUUGCUCGAAAUAUUCAUGAUUAUCGAAUACGUCGUGAUGCUCAACGAUUUGUUAGUCAUACAACUGAUUUAUCAUCAAGUACUGAUCCAAGUAAUACAUCAGUACAAAUGAUUGAUAUUCCGAAAGAAUUAUGUGAAGUUUAUGAACGAAAAAAAAUUGGUCAACCAGUAACAUUAACUGGUCCAUAUUUACCAUUAGAAGCAAAUCAUUCAUCUUGUCAUUAUGCAACAAAAAUGCGUCGUGUUCAAAUUGAUGGUGAAUCGAUAAAUUCAGUUGGUUUAGAAGAAGAACAACAUUGUAAUUAUCGUCGUUUACUUGUUUCAUUUGGUGUUCAUCUUUCACAGACACGACAAAUUGUUUUACUUCGUCAUACAACUUUAAUACCAUCUAUUCGUGUUUUACCAGCUUUAAUUGCUAUGAUUUUUGCACCAACAAAUUGA